UACCACGACACCAGUCUUCCAGCAGAUUCGACCCUCCAGCUGUCUCUUAUUCUUUGACCUCUCACGCUUGUAGUCAGCUGCGCCAUACAUGCACACAGUCCGUAGCAUUGUUUGCGUCGUCAGCUGUAGAGGCGCGGGUCACUUGUGCCGACAGUGGAGUAGCAUCACGUAUGCUGAGCCACGCUACAUUCCAUAAGACGUGACCGCGAGAACAGCAUCCAAGGCGACAUCCAAAUCCAUCAACAUACUGCCUGUCAGGUUGUUUUCUGUCACUGAGCUGUCACUUUCGAAAAUCGUUUGCAGUGGCAACGUGUGCCAGCGCGUCAGCUGCCCAUGAUGACAGGCUCAACAGAGCUACUUGAAUGCCCGCUAUGCGACUUUACUGUCCUUCCGACGGAUGACUAUAUUAUUCAGCUGCAUUUCGAGCAGGUGCACACAACGGAUUCACCUUUCAGAAUAGAAGAUGAUCCGGAGGACGAGCACCCACCGCCGCUGCCUAGAAGACCUCGCACUGCGCUUUCCACAACCGACGCACAGCUCACACCUGCCUCCGACGAAGACCAAAACACGGUGGAGUGCCCUGAACCCGACUGCGGCGAAUCUAUCCCACUCAGCGACUUCAACGAACAUCUCGACUACCACGCCGCAGAAUCAUUAUCAUUUGACGAGACUACUGGAGAGUAUCGUUCCAAGAACAGAGCUAAAAUGCAUGGCCCAAAGCCCAGUGCUCACCAUGCGGGAUCUUCCAAACCUUCAUUCCUAGAGCACAACUUAAACAUCGAGUUGCCGGACGCUCUGCGGCGACACAAUGACCAUGCGCGCAGGUCCAAGAAGAGAGGCCAGCGCGGCAGAAGCGACACGAUGAGCAGUGAGAAGAGUACUCUGUCGCGCAGCAUCCAGACGUUCAACCCAUUUGCCCAGCCUAACAGGGUCAAGCCUCCUUCCAGCAACUGUCGUCUUGGGCGCGCUGAGCUCGGUCCGUAUGCGUGGGAAGACCGUAUGCCAAAAUGGCUUCAUGACCAGCUUGCCGCCGGCCCCAAAAUAACUCUCGUGAACCGCAUUGGUCGUGACGGCCGCCUCAUCAAACAGGAAAGUGUACAAAACGAAACGCCCGGAAUCAUUCCCAUUCUGGCUCAGCUAUCAGCUCUGGACCGCACCGUCAAGGAAGCUUACUACUGCCAUCCUUCCACGCUCCAUAUUGGCAAGACACCGAAGGAGGGCGGCUUCUGUGGCUAUCGCAACAUCCAGAUGCUCUUUUCGUAUAUCCAAGGCUCAAGGGCCCAGGGACAUAAGGACUUCCCGGGCCGUACACCGGGAAUUUUGAAGCUUCAGGAUCUGAUUGAGAGGGCUUGGGACAAGGGAAUCAACACUAUUGGUCGGCAGCAAACGGGCGGAAUCCGCGACACUAGGAAGUACAUCGGUACUCCAGAGGCUCAAGCUCUUUUCCUUUCCGCUGAGAUCGACUGUGCCGUCCAAAUGUUCAGCGACAAUCGAGAUGGUUCGAUCGAAGCUCAUGACAGCCUACUUGCAGCUAUCGAGAGAUACUUCGCACAAGCAGCCGUCAGCGACGGAUCAAACGUCUACAAGACCCUCUUACCGCCCAUAUAUCUCCAGCAACCCGGACACUCUAUCACAAUUGUCGGCUUUGAGCGCCGCCGCGACGGUACAGGCAACUUGAUGGUCUUCGAUCCUAUGUACAGCACUAGUCCGGCGAUGCACAAAUUGAUUGGUCGGAAAGAUAUCAAGGCACCUAGACCUGAAGUGCUAUAUGCCUACCGGCGAGUGGCGAAACAGUUGCGAAAGCACGCUGCUUUCGAGAUACUCAUGCUCACGGCCCAUCCGCCGCUGUUCCCCGUUUGGGAUGUAGGAAGCAAUCCUGCCCCAUCUGACCACAAUAGUACCCAGCACUAGCACAUCUGCCUUGAGCGUUUAUCUUAUUGAGAUACAUCCAUGGGUGACUAUCAUGAUCGAAUUGAUCGGCGCAAUAUACCCUUUCGUCACUGCUCUCUCAUCUGCUCCUACUUCCUUGUUUCGAUUGCGUGCUAAAAAUUAAUACUACAGGUUCUUCGUCAGUUUC